AUGGAAAGAGGAAAUUAUAGUAAAGAAGAUUUAAUAAAAGCUAUUAAUGACUUUAAAAAUGGUUUUACAUCAGCUGCAGUAGCCGCAAAAUAUGAAAUUCUAAGUAGUACAGUACGAAAGCACAACUCUAAUCCUGAACUUAGAAUUGGUGGCGGACAUCCAACAUUGUUAUCAAAUGAACAAGAACAAUACUUGGUACAACUAUUUAAAAAUCUGGAAUUUAUCGAUGUUCGAUUGACAAAAAAAGUAGUUUUGGAUUUAGCAUCUGAUUAUGUUGGACUUGUAUGA